AAAAAACGUUUUGGAACAAAAGAUUUGAUACCUUGGAGAUUUUUGAGACAAGAUUUUUUUUGAGUUCUGUUUAAUUUUUAUACUUAUUUUAUGAUAGUAUUGCUUUACUGAUUUCUGACUGCAAUAUUUUCGAAAUAAUUUCUGAGAAUAACGUAUUAUUACCGAUGUCAUCAAGUACCAUUAUGGAAACUUUUUCUGGAAGUGAUUUUAAUAUAUGUGAAGAUGAACAGGUUAUUCCUGAAAGCAACAACUAUCCAGAUUUGCAUCUUGAAACACUAACAACAUGUGAAUCACAAUGUUGGAAUUCUAAUGAAAAAUGUGGAUUUAAGGAUAUAAUCAUUUUGACGGGAAAAAAGUAUUUGACAAAUUUAUCUCAAUAUACCAAGAAAAGUGUUCUUCAAUUAAAAGACGAUAAUUUUGUUAGAUCACUCGUUGCUUCUAUAGCUCUUUUUACCAUUGGCAUGAAGCUAACGCGAGAAUUGGACGCAUGGAACGUAUCGUCUAUAAUUUAUUAAAAUUAUAAAGGAUAGGUGAUAUUGUAAAAUUGAUAA